AUGGCCGGUCGUGAGUCAGUUCUGGCGCUGAGAAAGCUCACGAGCAGCUUCAGAAAAUUCCAUCGCUCUGAUCCCCUCGUCCAAUGUCUCGCACCUCACUUUGCUCGCUCGAUGGCCACCGAAGCGCCUCUCCCUACCAUGAGCUCCGAGCUGUCAGACCAAACAGGUUUGUCCAUGUCGUCUGAUUCGUUCCUCAUAGACACGACACCAUCUCCGCAAAGCACGAUAACGCCCACCCCGAACAGCCAAUCGUCUGAAUCACAAGUCAUCACCACAAUCUACUCAUGGCCCACUCUGGAACCAUUACGUUUCGAAAUGUACCCAUCAAACCAUCUACACAUCCCUCUACGGCGCGACAUUCUUCAUCGAGCUGUUGUGUACGAGGGUGAUAAAACUCGACAAGGCACUGCAAGCACUAAAUGGCGCAAAGAUGUGCACGGAAGUGGUCGGAAAGUAUUACCUCAAAAAGGCACCGGACGUGCGCGGGCCGGUGACAAAAAAAGUCCUAUACGGAGAGGAGGAGGGGUGGCCUUUGGGCCACAUCCUAGGGAUUUCUCUACAGGACUACAGAGGAAGGUUUACGAUCUAGCUUGGAGAACAGCUCUGAGUUACAGAUAUCGUAGAGGCGAGCUGGUGGUCGUGGACAACAAGAUUACGAUUGAACGACAUACCGGAGCUCGCCUUUUAACCAACAUAUUUGAAGGCAACCAAUGGGGAAGUGGUUUUGGCAGGAGCACACUUGUCACAAGUGCGUACAGAGAGAGACUGUUUCGUGAGAUGGCCUUGGUUGAGAUGAAGAGACACGGCAUCGUGAAGGACAUGUUCGAUGUGGAUGUCAAAGAUUUGCUGGAGACAGGAAGAAUUGUCAUUGAGAAGCAGGCUCUGGACACCAUAUUGAAAGCGCAUACCAGCGAUCUUGGAGCCAAGAAUAGCAUGAAACGUGCUGCUGAGCUUGUCGCUCGCGCUCGACAGGCCUCUGGUGUAGUUGAAGAGCUUGAAGAAUUUCCGGAAACUGAGUUACGUGAUGAAGAUCUCGACGAUGAGAAUCUUGAUGAAUCAGAGGAAGAUGAGGAUUUUGAAGGAGAUGGUCUUUCUGAGAGAGCGAGAGGAUAG